CUUUGACUGCAUGUUCAACUGUGUGCACGUUUCGUCUCGCUGUGAACUGGCUCACAGAGGUUUGUCAUCUUUAGAGAGCGAAGUCCCCGUAUAAAAACACACACAGAAAACCGGUUCAGCAGCAACUCCUGCUUGGCAGCUCAUAAAACAGUAUGGAGCCAUACAGUUCAAUACCAAGUUUGUCUAAGUUUUUAAACAGUUAGACAUUUACACAAUGAUGUCUACUGGCAUAAUGGGUUACGCCUCCAACUGCUGUGUACGCAUAUGACAUUUUUAAUCGAACACCUUCUUAUUGAAUUUAUUUAUUUAAAUAUUUGCACGAGUGCAGACAUUAACACCAUGACCGUCACACUGGGAGAUGAAAUAUUAAGAUUUGACCUUGUGUAAAAAUGUCAUCUCAUUGUCUUUGCUGUUUUUGUAGUCGGGCAUCGAUGUUGCCAAAAUCCUGUCGGCAAAGAAGAAGCUUGAGGCAAAAAGGAAGCGAAUUGAAAAGAAAAACGCCAAGAAAACACAGGAGGGCGGCGAAAAAGAGGAACAAGAGCAAAACAUUGCUGUCAUUGAAAUGAAUGCUGAACCUUCGCCCUCGCUCCCAAGAGCCAUCAUUCUGGACCUCAGCCCUGUCAACUUCCUGGAUACUGUGGGAGUCAAAGCACUAAAAAGUAUCCACAAAGACUAUGGAGAAACUGGAAUAGAGGUGAUUCUUGCCGGCUGCCAAACCAGUGUAGUGGAAGACCUGCAGACCGGAGGAUUCUUUCACGAUGACGUGACAAAAUCCUGUCUGUUCUCCACUGUCCACGAUGCUGUUUUGUACUGUCAGUCUGCCAAUGAACAAUAUGAGGUCAUCAAAGAGGCAGAGCUUUGAGGCCUGAGAGGGAAGAUGGAUAAUAUUAUGAAACAUAACAAUAUCUUUAAAAAAAACAAAAAUGUGAAUUCAGCCUGGGACACGUGGGCUUAUGGAUUUAUUUUCCCAAAUGAUUUCAUGAAUUGCAAGUGUGUGAGCAGACAGAGUUUUGUCCCAGCCUCAUGCUUUAUUCACAUUCAGUCUAGUAUUUUUGAAUGCAUUUAGGCCUUCCAUCUACAUGUAAACACUGAGCUAAAGUGGAGAUUUUGACUCAGGUGCACAUCAGAGUAGCCAGUGCUUGACUAUUAUUGAUACAAAUGUAAAACGAAAACAAUAUUUGUUCUUUGCUGUGUUAAAAAAGUUUCCCGUAAAAACAUUGUCGACUCCAAGCGCUUAAGUACAUAUGCCAGGACUGUAAGUUUAGCUGUAACGUUACACCAAACACAGAGAUGAAGACGUUGUACACGUUACAGAUAUAAUAACAGAAACAGAGACAGGAUGAACCGAGACAGUGGAAAGACAGGGACAUAAUGUCAUAAUGUUUGUAUACGUUUAUGUUUCGUGCUAUUUCUGUGUGCAUAUUUAACGACUUUACAGACCUUUUUCAAAAAAGCAACUACCUAGCAAUCUUGUAUUUUAAGAUUCCACAUUUUUUUACCCCCGUGUGUGAAAUCUCUAAAGACAGGAGUGUUCUAGUGAUAUCUAGCAUUUCAGGUUGACUUUAGUAACUUUUCAUAAGUAUUAGUUUGUCAAACUGUCUCAAACAUCUCCAAACACAAGACAAUGAAUGGCAGUGGAAGAUAAAGCUGGGAAUAUGACAUCAUUGUUUUCAGCUCUGCAUACUGUCAUGAAAAAAGAGCCAACGAGCAAUUAUUUGCCUUUAAAGCAUAUCAAUAAUGUUUGUAACAUGUGUGGUAAUGAUUUCUUUAUGAAAAGUUAGAAGCAGAUUAAGAAUCUGACAUUAUACAUGCAAAAAUACAUUUGUUUAAUAAAAGUAUUCCUUCUGUUCAUUUC